ACGGAGGAAGCCGUGGCCGUGGCACUUCCUGGCCCCGAGCAGCUCCAUUGCGGCACCCCCAAAGCGAGGGGAGCGUUCCCUGCUCCCCCCAGAGCCCCCAGAGCUCCCCCCGGAGCCCCUCUCCUGCUGGAGCCCCAUGGAGGACGAGCCCGGAAUCGUGUCCCCGUUCAAGCGAGUGUUCCUGAAGGGGGAGAAGGGCCGGGAUAAGAAGGCUCAGGAGAAGGUGACGGAGCGGCGGCCGCUGCACACCGUGCUGGUGGCGCUUCCCGAGCGCGUGGAGCCCGACCUGCUGCUCCACGACUACAUCGAGAAGGAAGUCAAGUAUCUAGGGCAGCUCACCUCCAUCCCGGGGUACCUGAACCCCUCCAGCCGCACCGAGAUCCUGCACUUGAUCGACAACGCCAAGAGAGCCCACCAGCUCCCGGGGCAGCUGAGCCCGGAGCACGACGCCGUCAUCAGCCUCUCCGCCUACAACGUCAAGCUGGUGUGGAGGGACGGCGAGGACCUGAUCCUCAGGGUGCCCAUCCACGACAUCGCCUCCGUGUCCUACAUCCGCGACGACUCCGCACACCUGGUGGUGCUCAAGACAGCUCAGGAUCCCGGCAUCUCACCGAGCCAGAGCCUGUGUGCCGAGGGCUCCAAGGCGCUGACGUCGGGCUCGCUGUCGGAGAGCGCGGGGGGACCCCUGGAGUCCUGCUGCCUGGUGGUGCUGGCCACGGAGAGCAAGGUGGGUGCCGAGGAGCUGUGCUCCCUGCUCAGCCAAGUCUUCCAGAUCGUUUACACCGAGUCCACCAUCGACUUCCUGGACCGCGCCAUCUUCGACGGCGCCUCGACGCCCACGCGGCACCUGUCCCUGCACAGCGAUGACUCUUCCACCAAAGUGGAGGUGAAGGAGCCCUUCGAGGCGGACGCCAGCACUUUACACGCUGGAGGCGGGGGACGCGUCCCCGUCCUCCUCGGCGCGCCCGUCCCCGCACGUGACCACGGCCAGCGAGAGCGAGCUCAGCACCACGGCCACCGAGCUGCUCCAGGACUACAUGAUGACACUCCGCACCAAGCUGUCCUCGCAGGAGAUCCAGCAGUUUGCCAUGCUGCUGCACGAGUACCGCAACGGGGCCUCCAUCCACGAGUUCUGCAUCAACCUCAAGCAGCUCUACGGGGACAGCAGGAAAUUCCUGCUCCUGGGCCUGCGGCCCUUCAUCCCCGAGAAGGACAGCCAGCACUUCGAGAACUUCCUGGAGACCAUCGGGGUGAAGGACGGCCGCGGCAUCAUCACCGACAGCUUCGGCCGCUACCGGCGCUCGCUGGGCGCCGCCUCCGCCUCCAACGGCACCGGCGCCGCCGGCAGCUCCGACGAGCAGUCGGUGCCCUCGGAGGAGGACGAGUGGGACCGCAUGAUCUCCCACAUCAGCAGCGACAUCGAGGCCCUGGGCUGCAGCCUGGACCGGGACUCGUCCUGAGGGAGCCCCGGAGCCGCCCGGAGCUCGGGGGGACCCCGGGAGUCACCCGGGGGGAGCGUGGGGUGCCCCCCGUGGGGACACGGAGCCGAUCCCAGAGCGGGGGCCGGGGACGUGGAGCUGCCCCAGAGGGAGCCCAGAACGGGGAGCUGCCCUGGGGGGGAUGGCAGGACACGGAGCUGCUGCCCCCGGAGAGGACACGGGACACGGAGCCACCCCUGGAGAGGACACAGAGCCACCCCUGGAGCCACCCCUGGAGAGGACACAGGACACGGAGCCACCCCUGGAGAGGACACGGGACACGGAGCCACCCCUGGAGAGGACACGGGACACAGAACUGCCCCUGGAGAGGACACGGGACACGGAGCCACCCCUGGAGAGGACACAGAGCCACCCCUGGAGAGGACACAGAGCCACCCCUGGAGAGGACACGGGACAUGGAGCCACCCCUGGAGCUGCCUGAAAACACCGAGCUGUGUCCUCACAGAGAUCCUGGGACAUGGAACUGCCCUGGGAGUGAUCCCAGCCCUGGGAUCUGCUCUGGGAUCGGGGAUCCCCGCCCCGAGCUGUGGGAUUGGGGGUCCCAGCCCCGAGCUGUGGGAUUGGGGGUCCCAGCCCCGAGCUGUGGGGUCUGGGGGCUCCAGCAGGAUGUCUGCACUGCCCCAGCCUCCCCCACAGCUCCAGGGGCUCCAGCUGGGGCCUGGGGGACACACAGCUGGAUUUUGGGGACAGAUCUGCUCCUGAGGGCUGUCCUGGGUGCUGGGAUCUGCUCUCCCCACCCCCAGUUUACAGUUUGCACAGCGGGUCCCCCAGAACUGCCCCCCCCUCCCCAAAUGAAGUUCUACCACAAUGUGAAUUUUCUCACCCUCGUUCCUGAACAUUCCUGAACAUUCCAGCUCCUG